GCCUCUGUUCUCAGACGAAACGUCUAUAAGACCAUUGUCACCAGCAGGGCAAGUGCUGUCACAGCUUGCAAGACAUACAGCCUUAACUCAGGAUGCACCCUGAUCUGUCACCCCAUCUACAUACUGACGAGUGCAAUCAACUUAUAACACUUCUCAAACAGUGCCACAAGGAGCAUAACGUCCUCAAGUUCUUUGGCACAUGUAAUGAUGUGGACCGUGCAAUGCGGGACUGUCUCAAGAAAGAGUAUCAGGCAAAGAGGGAGCGCAGCAAGGCCCACGCAGAAGAAAUGAGACAGCGUUUAAAAGAACAACCAAAAGAGCAUCCCUAGUAUCAAACAUCGCCCCCUUGGAGAACAAAACUACUCCAGACAUGAACUAGUUUCUGGUGUUAGGGCGCUUGGAUACUUUAAAUCUGGAAUGCUUUUUUGUGAGGAUUAAUUUAUUUUGACCCUUGCAGUAAAUAAGGUAGUAGAGCAAGUUGAAGAUGAAACUUAAGUUUAUUUAAUAAUGUUUAAUUACAGGCUGUGAGCUGUAUCCCAGAUGUGACCUGAUCUGGAGAUUGGGUCUGAAACUAAACAAUGUCAAAAUUUUGAUUGUUUGAACUCCAAUUAAAAAAGUUCAAAAUUAACAUUGUCAUUAGCACAUUUAUUGGCAGCUUGUCUACAUUAAGAUAUUUUCAUUUAUCAAUUACUAAUACACUAAAGAGCCUACAUGUCCAGUCAGUUGAAUUUAAGAUAUUGUCAAUUAGAGAAAAUCAAUAUACCAAAGAGGAUUCCAAUCAAAGUGCAUAAACAUCUCAAAAAGGGAUGUAAAUGUAACUAUUGCAAAUGCAAAUAUGUUUGCCAAUGUGAUUUUUAAUUUUUCUAAAUUAGUGCAUAUUUGGUAGAGAUUUAAAGGAAUAGUUCACCCAAAAAUGAAAAUCUGCUGAAAAUGUACUCAUCCUCAGGCCAUCCAAGAUGUCAUUAAGUAAUUGAGUCACUGGCUCACAAAUUAAUCCUCUGCAGUGAAUGGGUCAGAAGGAGAGUAGAAACAGCUGAUAAAAACACAA